AUGAGCUCUUAUAAAAAUUCAAGCAAGACAGUUGAAGGCGCAGACACUUCCAGCGUUUCUUUAAUGUAUCACACUUCAAAAGACAAUCAAUACAACGACGGUACAAAAGACACCGAAAACAACUACGCUACAAUCCUUGAUGAUAAUGGCCAUCCGGAAGUUAUUUAUAUCGGAAAAACAUCCAGAGUAUCGCGGUUUGUUGAUUUUUGUCAUUUGACCACCGGUGAAUCAGAAAUGUUUGAUGAACUCGGCAAUGCCAUUCAAAAUCGUAAUUUGGAAAAAUUACAUAAUGUCAUGAAUGAAUUGGGUGAGUAUAUAUAUACUGAUCAAUUGAUUUUGUGUACACUUAUCGUAAUGAUGAGAACCUUCAAUCAAAACGCCUAAGUGUAACGGCCUAAGUGAAAGUUACAGAAACUAACAUAAUAACUCAAUUGACAUUAUUAUUAUUAUUAUUAUUUUUAAUAUUAUUAUUAUUAUUAUUGUUAUUAUUAUUAUUAUUAUUAUUGUUAUUAUUAUUAUUAUUAUUAUUAUUAUUAUUAUUAUUAUUAUUAUUAUAAUUAAUUUAUAUAGCGCCAUUUCCCAUAGCUCAAUAGCGCUUAACAUUAAGUGUUAAAAAUAUAUACUAAGUGUUAGAACGUAGUACAUGCAUUGACUACUAAAAUUACUAUGCUAUAAAAUUACUAAAAAAUUAAUUAUAUGCUCUUCUCGUUAAGAAUAUAAGAUUACUUUUCCAAAGGUCGUAGGUUCGAAUCCCACCGUGGCCGGGCAUACUUUUCAAGCUCGCCCGGUGUGGAUAUACACUCAGAGUAACACCACAAAUAUCAAGAUUACUUUAUGUUAUGUAUGUUGAUAAUAUUAAAACAACAACUAUAUAGAAUACUAUAAAAUUGCUAAUAAUCUUGUUAAAAUAAUAACUUAGUCAUAAUAUUGUUUAAAAAGAUGUGUCUUUAAUCUGGUUUUAAAAAUAGGCAAGGUCUCACUCUUUCUAAUAUACUCUGGCAGUUCGUUCCACAGUUUCGGUGCAGCAUAUGAGAACGAUCGUUCACCAUAGUUCAAUAGUUUUACUGAGGGUAUGGUAAGCAAUCCUUUGGAUGAGGAGCGUAAAUUUGCUGAUGGUGUGUAAGGUUUUAGCAUAUUAUUAAUGUAAUGUGGAGCUGAGCCACUCAGAGAUUUAUACGUAAUAAGAACAAUUUUAUAGAUGAUGCGUUGACUGAUGGAGAGCCAAUGUAAUUGUUUCAUUAAUGGAGUAAUAUGAUCGUAUUUUUUGCUUCCUGUCACCAGUCGAGCAGCACAGUUUUGCACAUUCUGUAACCGAUCAAUAAGAAAUUUAGGCAAUCCGUAUAAUAAAGAAUUACAAUUAUCCAGUUUCGAUGUAAUAAAGGCAUGAACUAAAGUUUGGAUAUCUGACGUUGAUAAGUACUCUUUUAUUCUUGCUAUUUUUCUCAAAUGUAAAAAACAGUUCUUGCAAAUAUUGGUAACAUGUUUAUCCAUAGACAUGUGGUGGUCGAAAGUUACACCAAUGUUUCGUGCUGAAGUACUUGGUUGAAUUCUUGAAUUCGAUACUUCUAUAUAUUCUACAGCAGGGCAUGAACGAUUUCGUGCAUUGAUUACCAGUAGUUCAGUCUUGUCCCCCAUUCAAUUUUAGUUUAUUUUUGACCAUCCACAAACCAAUCUCUUUCACACACAUUUCAAUUUGUGCCAGUGCUCCCAAUUUUCCCUCAAUGGUUGACUCAAAAGCGAGAUAUAAUUGCACGUCAUCUGCAUAAAAGUGAAAAUCAAGACCAUGACCUUUGAUGAUAUCACCAAGAGGUGAAGUGUAUAGUAAAUAUAAUAUUGGGCCGAGAACUGAUCCUUGUGGGACUCCACAGCGCAAGUCUUUAGAGAUAGAUUUAACACCGUCAAUCACUACACUUUGCGUUCUAUUCUGAAGAUGGGACUGAAACCAUUUCAACACUUGCCCAUCUAUCCCAAAUCUUUUGAACAUUCGUUGUAGUAAAAGUUCGUGAUCAACAGUAUCGAAUGCUGCUGACAUAUCUAGUAAUAGCAACACCACACACUUACGAUUAUCAAUGGCUACAAGAAUAUCGUUUUGUACUUUUAAUAGGGUUGUUUCUGCACUAUGAAAACGUUUACAUGCCGACUGGAAGGGUUCUUCUAAGUUGUUAUUAGCCAAGUGUUCCAGAAGCUGACCGGCAGCAACCUUCUCAACUACUUUAGACAGGAAUUUUAAAUUUGAAAUAGGUCGGAAAUUUGUGUAUUCUUCGUACUCCAGCGAAUCUUUCUUUAGUUUUGGUUUCAAUACGGCUUUUUAGUUUCUCAGGCAUAUAACCUGACUGAAGUGACUCAUUACUAAUCUCAGUAAUUAUAGGUAAGAGGGUCUUCUGACAAACCUGAAAGAUUUUUGCGGGAACUGGAUCAAGUUCACAAGAUUUUUUACCAACUUUAUCAAUAACAUUUUCAAUCUCAUGUUCCGUGACUUCUUGAAAGUUAAUGAAUUUAACGCAUUGUGCAUAUUGUUCCUCUUGAUUUCGCUGAUUACAGUGGGAAGAAUCAAUGGCUAGUUCUUUCCAUAUAAUAGCAAUCUUAUUACUGAAGAAAUCUGCAAAUUUAUUCACGAGUUCAGUCGUUGAUGACGCAGUUGGAUAGCGCUUUUCUGGCUUUCCAUGGAGUAUUUUAUCAACCGUACUAAAUAACACUUUUUGAUUAUGUGCAUUACUGGAAAUAACCGAUAUAACAUUGCAAGGUUAUUGAUCUCUCGUUGUUUUAUUUUCAUUUAGGCUUUAUUAUUCUUUAAUCUUUUUUUUGUUGUCGUUUGUCUUUGUUUUUGGUGUGAAAUUGUUUUUGAGAAGAUUGACCUGUUGAAACAAACUGACUGCCAGAUUUUCUAGCCCCAUGGUUAUUUUGGUGGCCAGUGCUCAUUAGAAAAUGUAUAAAAAAAUUCAAUAUGUGUAUGUGUAAAUAAAUUAUGUAUUUUUUGGAGUAAUAAAGGAUCGUCGUCGUCGUCGUCGUCGCCGCCGUCGUCGUCGUCGCCGUCGUCGUUGUCGUCGUCACCGCCGCCGUGGUCGUCGUCGUUGCACUCAACUCAGCACGACAAAAGUGAACAACAACCAUAGCAAUACAACAUAGUAAAACGAAUACAAUUUAAUGGACAUUUUCCAAACACUUUCCCACGGGACAAUUUAUAGCGACGAAUCGCAAUGCGCCAUUUUGUCGAGCCAAUCAAAUUUCAUGCAAUAUAAUUAGCAUAUUUGUCCGCUCUAAAAAUUAUCCCGUUAUGGGACAUCGCACUGAGUGUUUAUCCUCUUUUGACGUCAAGGUGAAAAAUCAUAGUCCUUAUUAAUUUAAAAUAUUAAAAAUACUGUAUGUGGAAUGAAAUGAGAACUGAAAUACAAUUUAGUGUUAAAAUGAUUAGACAGUACAUAAAAUGUUCGCAAAUGACACUGUUAAAUUAGACAGCGCAUAGAUUGUUCGCAAAUGACACUGCUCUGUUCCUGAUAAAUGGCAACCGAAAUUGAACCGAACGUCUAGCAUAACUCUAUUAUUUGGACUAUUAUACAACAAACUAGCCUACUUAUAUCUUAUUAUCUUAGUAUAGGUAAUAGCAUUAUUUCGAGCGCAUUUUGGAUAUAACAUGCACGAGUCCAAAGAACGAGUGCCAUUUGAGGUCUUCGAACAACUCACGCGUGCAUGUUUAUCCAAAUUUCACGAGAAACCAUGCUAUAAGUUAUUACUAAUUUACACAAAAGUGUUUGCGACUAUUGGUGUUUUAACUUACGUUUAUAGCGAACCACCCAGCGGCAAAUAUUUCCUGGCUUUGUUAUAUUACAUUAUACAACACUAACAGCGUGAAAAUUCCACUCAACUAUGUAAGUUUUGUUAGUCUUGUUUAAGAAAGGCUUUUCCAUUAACAAAAGAUAUCAAAAGCAAUAUUUUCCAACCAAAGCGAACUUUUACUUUAUCGCGGCGCCGUGUUUGUUUUGUUUUGAAGCAAUCUUCAAUACCAGCAAUGCACAAGGUCGCAUCCCGACACUCUGGAAAUCACAUGACGUUAUCCCAGUGCCAAAAAUAUCUAAUUCCAAAACAGUUGAUAGCGACCUAAGACCUAUUUCUCUCACACCGAUGCUGAGUAAAUUAUUGGAAAGCUUCGUUUUUCGGUGGCUUUUUAAUCAUAUCAAACCAUCAAUUGACCCGCACCAGUUUGGAAAUUGUAAAAAAUUGCUCCACCACACACGCUCUUAUCCACAUGAUCUAUAACUGGCUGGUCGAAUUAGAAAACCCUGGUACAACUAUCAGAUGUUGUAUGAUUGACUUUUCGAAAGCCUUUGACCGGAUCGAUCACAAUAUUUUACUUCAUAAAUUACAACAACUUAACUUCCCUCCUAUCUUGUUGAACUGGUUCGCUGAGUUCCUGCAUGACCAAUAUUUACGUGUCAAACUUGGCCAGAAGAAAUCAUCAUGGCGACAAAUAAAUGCAGGGGUUCCUCAAAGAACAAAAUUUGGACCCCUCUUCUUCCUUGUAAUGAUAAACGACUUGCAAGUUAACAUUCCAUUGUACAAAUAUGUCGAUGACCGUUCCAUGCACUUAUGAAAUCGUUUCAAGAUGGUCCCCCAAUUCAUCGCUUCAAGUUAAUAUAAACACUAUAAAUGACUCAACAAAUCACAACAACAUGCGGCUUAAUGUAUCUAAAACCAAAGAAAUGCGUAUAUCCUUCCUUAGAGUCCCUAUCCUUAGAGUCCCUAUCCUUAGAGUCCCUAUGGAAUUCGAUGCCCUCUCUUUAUCUGGUUUAAACAUAGGCCCCCUUUACACGAGCCCGGGUUGACUAUCAACCCGGGUUGGCUUGCCAGCCCGGGUCAACCCGUCUACGAAUAAAUCUCUAUUAGCGUUUACACGAUAGCCGGGUCAACCGUUCACACCUCGCCAACCCGGGGCACCCUUCUCGAGACCCGGGUCGACCCGGGUUGGCGAGGUGUGAACGCGUGAAAGGUUUACUCAUUUCUUCAUGUAAAGCCGGGUUGGCUCGACCCGGGAUCAUGUAAAGUGCGGGAAAUUCCUGAUUGUGAACUUUGCACCUAGCGUCAUAUCGCAUUUCAACAUUUUGCGUGCGUAUUUUCUCCGUCUCUGUUUGGGUACAGACAUAUAAAAUCAUACAGUAUGGCGAGUAAAAACUGUCCAAAACCAAAAGAAAAAAUGCACAACCCGCGUUUCAGUAGUGGUCUGAAAUUAUUGAUCACCUAAUCCUUUCUCUGAAGGAUUAUAAGACGGAGAUGAAUUGAAAAAUGUAGAUUUCAACUCCGAUGUUGUCGCAAUGUAUUCAAAGUUGCGCGAAGGUCUGGCGUUGGCGUUCGAUGCCGAAUAUUUUUGCCCAGUAGAUCUUCCAGUACAAAAUAACAGGAAAAAAAGGGAAGAAAACGUCUUUAAGGCAGAAUUAAGUUGCUAUAUGGUUAAAUCCUUGAUAAAAAGGGAUAUAAUUGUAUACUGAAAGAUAUAAUAAGCGCCAAAACUAAAAGGUAUAUAAUCGUAAUAAUAUCGUAUGAGGUCUAUAAGGGAUUUUAAGGGAUAUAAGCGCCAAAAAUACACUCUGCUCCAGUCUGUUGCUCGGAAUAUUACUCGAGUCAGCCCGGGUUGAAAAUUGCUGACCCGGGUUGGCAAAAUUGUCGUCAACCCGGGUUCAUGUAAACAGAAUAAAAAAAUAACCACCUGUGGCGUGCUGACCCGGGUUGAAAAUCAACCCGGGCUCGUGUAAAGGGGGCCAUAGAAAUCGUACAGACCAUCAAACUUCUGGGAUAAUAUCAUCGCACCUUACCUGGAUUACAUCUGCACCAAAGUAAGUGUGCGUACCCACGCUCUAGGGAUCUUCAAACGAUCUGGUGCCGUAGGCAAUGAUUUAAUAACGGUCUUUUGUGCAUUUAUUCGUCCAGUUUUGGAGUACGCCUCACCUGUAUAGCACUUUUCUCUCUCUCAAUUCCUCGCUGACCAAAUCGAGAGUACACAAAAACGUGCAUCGAAAAUCGCUUCCCCCAGUCCUCUUAUGCUGCUUCACUAAGAAAUAUUUGCCUUCUUACACUUUACCAGCGCAGAGAGAAUCAGUGCUUGUCAUUUUAUAAAAACAUCCAUCAACACUCAGACGACAAGUUAAGGACGCUACUACUCAGUAUUAUAACUCGCAAAUUCUGUCUAAGAGACAAAUGCACUUUUCCUAUGUACAAGUGCAAAACUGAACGAUAUAAGAACAGUUUUAUCCCAAAGUGUGUUAGAAACUGGGACCGAUCAUAGGCAUAACAUAAUAUUUUAUAGUACAUAUCAUCAAUAUAGUUUAUAUUAUAUAUUAUAGUUGUUUUAAACUUAAAUUAUCGCAAUUUUUAAAAUUUUUAACAUCUCUGUAAUAUCACUUUCAAUUUUCUUGAAUUUACAAGGUCUUACAAUGUGGUAAUUAAUAAAAAUCAAUCAAUCAAUCAAUCAAUCAAUCUGUGACCUAAACUAAACUGCUUUAAACUGAUUGGUUGAUUUUGUCAUCACAUUAUUUCCACCAAUUAGAUCAUUUUGUUACAGCUUUUGCACUGUGAUUACAGAGAAUUGCACUGUGACCACAAAAGAUUGCACUGUGAUUACAGAAAAUUGCACAGUGAUUACAGAAAAUUGCUCCGCUGUUUGGGAUUAACUGCUCUGAAAUCGACCGAUAUAAGUCGAGUAAUAUUUUUAUGUAUAUUAUUAAGCACGUUAAUUAAAUGAGUGGAAAAGAUGAUAUAUUUAGAAAUAUAUUAUUAUUGAUCAAACCUUACUAUGGAAAAAUAAAGUGGAAGAAUUAUCCAGAAAUAUAUAAUCAUCCCUUGUAUGGAUAUGCUUACUGUAUUGAUAUUUAUUGAUAUACUAUUGGAAUACAUGCGUGCACGAAGAAGUACUGUACUGCGACUAAACAGAACGAAGACUCGCGUCGAGCAACACGAGUUGUAAUAGUGAAGAGAUCAUUUUAUCUUUUUGGUUAUAGUUUCUUUCAAAAUUACUGGCAAAAUAAUUAAACUACACUCUAGUUAAGCCCCAAUUUUAUAUUUACGAUUCAAUUGUUUAUAUGAAGAUAUCUCCAGUAUUUACUCCCCUAUGAAACGAAAAACACCGUUGAAAUCCUUACAAAAUAAUCUUUUCAAGGGGGAGGGGUUGAAUGCCGUCAAAACAUUACACAAACCAAAACAAUCGUACAUUUACUCAACUUGGCCAAACAUUCAGACAGAUUUAUUUCGAGGAAAAAGUUAUAGUCUUCUAAACUUUUCGUUGUUCGCCCAACUAGAUCGGAGUAAAAUACUCCUUGUAGUCAAGCGCUUUCAUGUAGAAAGUUUCGUCUGAAUACAGCGAGAAGAAUUAUAUAUUUAUUUUAAUAUUUUCGAAAUAUUGGGUUUUCAAAAUUUUCAGGUAUACACGUCACGUGUAUACGUGGCCAUAUAAAGAGAAGCAAUAGCUGGGUGGACGUGCAACGCACCCUUCAGGAAGUACUUUGAUCUGUAGAAUCGAUUCCGGUGUUUCCAGACUCCUAGGAUCCAAACACGCAAUAUUUUGGCGGUUAUUUAAGAUUGAUCCUGUCGUAAGUGUUCUACCAGCAACAUGCAUUCGAUAAUAUUUCAUUUUAUAAUAUUUCAUAAUAUUUCAUAAAAGAAUUAGUUUUCAGGCCAGUGACAUAGCUAAAAGACUUCUCAUUAAUGUCCUUGUGAAUUUAUAGAGAUAUCUCUAGAACUGAGGAUUUUAAAAAGUGUUAUCUGUACUUUCACAAAGUUGUAGACAAGAUAUGUUGUUUACGUCCAACACGCAUAAGAUUGUAUAACUCAAAAUGAUUCGAGCAAAACCGAUCUUUUGUUAAAAGGAAGAUUGGUUAAUAGAAAUUUGUCAUUUUGAGAGACAUAAUCGUGUAUCGUAAUCGAUCCGUAUCGUUGAACAAUGAAAACAUUUGUUGUAAAAUUAGUGAAGAUAAAAUAGCAAUUUGUGAAAAAACUGAGGGUCUAUGGAGUGGGAAUUUUUCGGAUUUGAAUUCAGCGUGUUCGAAAGUGUUAGUUCCCGUAAAAAUAUUUCAGAUCUAAGACGUGCAUGCUUGAUGAAAGUGACCGAUAUCGGGUCACAACACGCGGACUAAAUGUAUAUAUGUUUAAUGCAUAUUAAUAAGCAUGGAUUUAAUAUAAAAUUCAACCUUGAACAGGAAAUAGUCAGUGUAUAAUUAUAAGUAAAACAAAUUUUAAAACAACAAAUCCGCAAACAACUUUUAUAAACAAACUUUUAUACAUUUGUAUUAAUAAAACUCCUCUCAUCAUUUUUUAAAACAAAAUUGAAGAACUGCUUCACAACACAUUGUAUGAAACAAUUUUCCCAUAUUUUCUUUUUAAAGUGGCACUCUCGUCAAAAUGUUUACUUUCUUAAACGAAUAUGCUCUUAAAACUGUAUAGUAACUUGUUUUGAAGAUUUUUGUUUCCAUGCUUAGUUCUUGAGAUAUUUCAUUUUUGUUUCUAACCAUGUGACGUCAUUUACUCAAUUACAUAUAUAAUGAGAUAUCAGUAAUUUUUGUGUUUUAUCAAAAUUUUUCCCAAGAUACGGCGCGUUUGAUAAUUUAACCUAUAUCAUUAAACAUACUGUUUUUUUUUAAACAAAUCCAUCAAAAAUAGCAAAGAUACACAACAAUUAAUGAUAUUUCAUUAUACAUGUAAUUGAGUAAAUGACGUCACAUGGUUACAAACAUAAUGAAAUAUCUCAAGAACUAAGCAUGUGAACAAAUAUCUUCAAAACAAGUUACUAUACAGUUUUAAGAGCAUUUUCGUUUAAGGAAAUAAAAAUUUUGACGAGAGUGCCACUUUAAGUCUUGCUAAUUCCUCUCCUAGCAAUACAUCCUAUCCUUGAGAUCAGUGAGAUGACCACCUACACACGGUGAACCAUAGCCACGUGACUCGUGCUACCUUUCCCUUUCCCCAGGUGUAAAUAGCAUAGCGAAAUUAAUACCCCCGCUACGUGCUCCCGCGCGUUGCUCGAGGAUUAAAUAGGGCCUAGUUCUUUCACUGUGCCAAGACUUGUUACAAAACAAAAUCAUUGUAAGUAAGUUGGCUAACGUCGACACGCUGGGCACAGUAUAAUCUAUCCCACUAACUUCGAUAGUCGCAUACCUUGCGCCUGGUGUUAGUUUCCACGUCCUUCGUGACGCAAAUCUUGACACUAUUUUAUUUUUUAUUGCAGAUAUAUCUGAUAAAGUCAAAAUGCUUUUGCACUGCCCUAGGGCGUUUUUGUUUAUUGAAGCAAAUGGGUGCCUUAUUAUCCAGGCGAUGUUUUUCGAUCUCGACUGUUUUAAAUACUUGCUUGAACUCUAUGAGAAGUUGAAACCAGCAUUGGAGGCAUUAGAAACACAGCACUUAAUGGAUCCACGUCACGGUCCUGUAACCCUCUACCCAUUUCGUAUGGCAAAUUACAGUAGCGAAAAUCUGCUUCACUACAUGCGAGGAGAAAAUAAUCUGAUUGCGAUCGAAUAUCUAAGUAAAUGUACUGUAUUUGAUCAGUUGAUAAACCGGCCUCACAAACCACAACAGAAUAUGACACCAUUGUCCAUGGCUAUAGUAUGUGAUGAAAUACCUCUCGCUUUGAAAAUGGUGGAACUAGGAGGUUACAUUGAUAGUGUGAAUUCCACGGGAGAAUCACCAAUAUAUGAAGCAGUGAUAUAUAGUCACAUGGACCUUAUGAAGACCAUGUUGAACAUUG